AUGCAGCCGCGACGGCAGCUCCAGAACCCGCAGCCGCUGGCCAGGGCCGCGCACGCGCUCGUCGCUGCAGCCGCCGCCGUCGCCGCCGCCGCCGCCAUCCUCGGGCCCGGCGCGGCGGAGUCGCUGCUGUGGAACAUGGUGGACGCGCGCUACUGGCGCUGCGUGCUGAAGCGCAGCAACACGUGCCCGGACCCCGAGAUCCGGUUCUUCCUGUACACGCCGGAGGCGGGCUGGACGGCGCGCCGCCAGGUGGACGUGCGCUCGGCGGGCUCGCUGCAGCGCGCCGGCUGGGACCCGCGCCGCAGGAACGUCAUCAUCGUGCACGGCUUCAACGGCACCGAGAGCAAGACGCCCAUGACGCUGCUGCGCCGCGCCUACUUGAGCCGCGGCGACCACAACGUGUUCACGGUGGACUGGGAGCCGCUGACGUACUUCCCGUGCUACCUGUCGGCCAUCAGCAACACGCGGCUGGUGGCGCAGUGCUCGGCGCAGCUGUACGCCCACCUCACCUACAACGGCGCCGCCGCCUCGCGCAUCACCUGCGUCGGCCACUCCCUGGGCGCACACAUCUGCGGCAUGAUGAGCAACCACCUGUCCCGCAGGAUGGACAAGAUCAUAGGGCUGGACCCGGCGCGGCCGCUGCUGGACCGGUUCGGCGACGCGGCGUUCCGGCUGACGAGGGACGACGCGCGCGUCGUGCAGGUGGUGCACACCAACGCGGGGGCGCUGGGCGAGGCGGCGCAGACGGGACACCUCGACUUCUGCGUCAACGGCGGCGCCGAGCAGCCCGGCUGCAAGGGCCACCGCCUCCGGCGGGCGCGCUGCAGCCACUUCCAGAGCGCGUGCUACUUCGCAGAGGCGGUGGCCGCCAGGAAGCCAAUCCUCGGCUACCCCUGCUCAGCCUCCUGCCCAAAGCGCGGUCGCGCCCUCGGUCUGCUGCCGGGACCACCCGUCUCCAUGGGCGCCGACACUCCUGACGGUGUGACGGGCACCUACUGUGUGAGUAUCACACAUGGAAGGGACUGCAAAUUUGACUGAGUGUGAUGCAGUCCUUAGCAUUGUUUUACAAUGAAAUGUGAAGGCAGCAGCAUCAACUGUUUGUUGGAGGAGACCACAUCUGCUUAUGCCAGAUGCCCAGUAAAUGAUUGUAGUUAUUCAGUUUAGUCUGCUGACUCAGUAAAAUGCAGAUUUUCGAUGUUGCUCAUAACAGCUGUUCAGUGGUGGCAACAUCUUGAAAAUCUCUUUUGUCACCUAAGUACUGGACCAAGAUCAAAAGAACUUUCCAGUUAACUAUGUAUUAAAAUGUGCAUAGAAACAUUUUCUGGUUAACAUUAGCAGUAAUCAUCAAAAAUUGUAAAACAAGUUGUCACUGCUUACCAGAGUUCUAGCCCAGUUCAGUGGACACCCUCCAUUGAUGAAAAUAUCUUCAACUUUAAUGAAGAAGAUAUGGAAUAGACAGUGUCUUUCAUUCAUAUUUAAAAUGUGUAUGUUUAGCCAAGUUCUUCACUUGAGUCAUCCUGUGAAAAGGAUCACAGUAUUACCUUGCCACUAUAUACCUUUUGUAUCAUAAUAUUUUCACCGCAUGUAUUUAAAUGGUAAUGGAAGCCCUUUAAGUAACAACUAAUUAUAUCUAAUCAAUCAAAAUACAAUUUUAACUUAACUAAUUAUUGUAAAUUCACUCAGUGCCACAUUUGGUUAAAAAUAAAGUGUUUUCACUAAAGUCAAAAUUAAAAGGUGUACACUCAAAAUGUCAGUUGAUUUUAUUGUAUUAAUGAAAGUGAAUUACUCAAACUUGCCUCUUGUCUAAGAUCACAGAUGUGUAUUCCAACAAAUAAAAAUGAAACAUUGUUGAAAUUAUAAAGUUUGAUAAAUUAUGUUACAUUAAAACUAAACAAACAAAAGAAAUUAAUUUAAAGUAGAUUUAUUUUCAACAAACAGAUCUCAUUUGUAUACUUUUCAUAGCUGUACAGUUUGGUAAUAUUAUACAAUCCAUUACUGUAAUUUGAGAAAGAAAAACUAUAACAUAAGUAAUUAUGUAUUUAUCAUGUUAAGGAAAAAUAAGUGUAGAUAUGACUAAGGAGAAUUAUUUGUUGAAGUGUCAUGGAUGACAUUUUAGGUUCGAUUCAGUUUAUGUUCUUCACUACUUCCGACACAUUUGCUGAUUUGAAAGAUGCUAACUUGUUUCAUGUGCAGGAACUCAUCAACAUAUUGCACAACUUGGCUGGAGUGCUAACAAGAACUGGAGUUUGGUGUCUUAGGUGUGGUUGCUGUAAUGAAGUUCCUGUUUUUUCUACCUCUUAAGUUAUAUGCCUGAAGGUGUUUCAUUACAUGACAAUUAAGGGAAUUGGCCUCAUUGCCAAGAGAGUAUAUCAUAAUUUACUGCAUUCUCAUUGUUUCCUGCACUGUGUGUAUUACAGUACUAUUAUAAAAAAAGAAUGAGUUUUAUAAAUGAAGUAUGAGAUCUAGGUGUGCUCGGUGUGUAUGAAUAUUAAAUUAUUCGUGUUGAUAUGCUGAAAUAAAAUGUACUCCAUCAGAUUAAUGUCUUUCUAAAUGCCCAAAGAUACUUUAGUUUCAAUGUUGUGAUUCUGAUCUUCUGUGAAGUGUAAGAUUAUGUGUGCUACAUAAAUGUUAUGCUCUGUUGAUGUUUUCUUAUAUCUAAAUAUUCUAUAUAA